AGUCUCUUUUCCUCCCUCUCAGGAUGUCGAUCGUCAGCAUCGUUGCCAGGGAGAUCUUGGACUCCCGGGGAAACCCCACUGUGGAAGUGGACCUUUGCACAGAGAAAGGUCUGUUCAGGGCUGCGGUGCCCAGUGGAGCAUCCACGGGGAUCUAUGAGGCCCUGGAGCUCCGAGAUGGAGACAAGAGUCGCUUCAAGGGCAAAGGUGUUUUGAAGGCAGUCGGGCACAUCAACGAUACUCUUGGUCCCGCUCUUAUAGCCUCUGGCAUCAGUGUGGUGGAGCAGGAGCAGUUGGACAACAUGAUGAUCGAGAUGGAUGGCACAGAAAACAAAUCUCAGUUCGGGGCCAACGCCAUCCUGGGAGUGUCUCUAGCCAUCUGCAAGGCUGGUGCAGCAGAGAAAGACGUCCCCCUGUACCGCCACAUAGCCGACCUGGCUGGAAACACAGAGCUGGUGCUGCCAGUUCCUGCCUUUAAUGUGAUAAAUGGAGGUUCUCAUGCAGGUAACAAACUGGCCAUGCAGGAGUUCAUGGUUCUUCCCGUUGGAGCUGAAUCUUUCAAGGAGGCGUUGAGGAUAGGAUCGGAGCUGUAUCACACACUGAAGGGGGUGAUCCAGGAGAAGUACGGCCAGGAUGCAACCAAUGUGGGAGAUGAGGGAGGAUUUGCUCCCAACAUCCUGGAGAACAGUGAGGCUCUGGAUCUGCUGCAGAUAGCCAUAGAGAAGGCCGGUUUCACGGACAAGGUGGUGGUUGGAAUGGACGUGGCCGCCUCAGAGUUUUACCGUGAUGGGAAAUACGACCUGGACUUCAAAUCCCCCCCAGAUCCUGACAGACACAUCUCUGGAGAGGAGCUGGCUGACAUCUACCAAGGCUUUGUCAACAACUACCCAGUGGUGUCCAUUGAGGACCCGUUCGACCAGGAUGACUGGGAGGCCUGGUCCCGUCUGACAGCCCAGGUGGGGAUCCAGGUGGUGGGGGAUGAUCUGACGGUGACUAACCCUAAGAGGAUAGAGAAAGCUGCUGAGGAGCGAGCCUGCAACUGCCUGCUGCUCAAAGUCAACCAGAUCGGCUCCGUUACUGAGGCCAUACAGGCGUGUAAACUGGCUCAGGCAAAUGGUUGGGGUGUGAUGGUCAGCCAUCGCUCAGGAGAGACAGAGGACACCUUCAUCGCUGACCUGGUGGUGGGACUCUGCACUGGACAGAUUAAGACUGGUGCCCCCUGCAGAUCUGAGAGGCUGGCCAAGUACAACCAGCUCAUGAGGAUUGAAGAGGAGUUGGGCGACCAGGCUCGCUUUGCAGGCCAUAACUUCAGGAACCCCAGCGUCCUGUGAAACUGACAGACAAACGAAUGACACACACACACACACACACACACAACUAACAGACAUGAACAAACAUGGAAUGAGUCAUGUACAAUGAAAGAUAACACAGCUUUAUGGAAAAACACAAGCAAAAGAGCUAAGCAAAAAAAAUAAAAAUAAAUAAAUAAAUUAUGCACUGGACUUAUAGGUAGAGAGAUGAUGCUGUGUGCACACAUACACACACACCCAAAUGCAACACACACCCAUGCACAUGCAGGGGAACACCUUAAAAAUAUCAAAUUAAUAAGCCAGACAUGCACUGUUACUGUAGUUUUAAAGGAAUAGUUCAUGUACAGUUGGACAGACCUGCAAAAAUAAAGAUUAUUGUUUUAAAACCAGAGAGAUAAAUAAGUAGAGAUAUAAUAGAAUAAUGUAGACUGACGCACGCAACUGAAAGAGAUGUAAUAAAAAAAUAAAUUUAAAAAACUUUCAGCACCAACGAGGACGAUGCACUUGCAGAAAGACACACAAAACAGCAGUUUCAGGGACUGAGUGAAAAAAAACCAACAACUAAACAACACUAACACGUGAACACUUACACACUCGACUGUGUCACACUCUCACCUGGACACUGACAAACCUGCACUCCGCCCACUUCUGUCCUUCUCCCUCUUUUUGUCACCUUUUCUUAUUGUCGUGUCUGUUUCUCAGUUUGUAAAACUCUUCUUCCUCCCACCAUGACGUGAUUCUGAUUAUUUGUCCUUUAUGCUUGAGAUCCCGCCUUUGUCCUACAGAAAAAGAAAAAAAAAAUAUCUUAAACCCCGAAUGCUGUGUUGAAAAAGAAGAAAGAAAAAUAAAAAAUAAAACUAAAAAA